AGAGAAUUAAGUAAGAAUAGAGCAAUUCCCAACUUCCUCGAAAAAACAUACCCCGAGGAAGGGUUCUUUGAUAAAUAGGUUCGAGUGAAUCAGCUGCAUGCAGCAGGCUGUAUUUGACGGCAAGAUGCUUAAAACUAUGCUUUUCUUCACGAUCACAUCUCUUGUAUACUCUAUUCAUGCAUACGCCAAAUAUUGGUUCUGGAAAUUGUUUGCUGCAAAGGAUGACGUUGGUGAUGAUCAAGAACAUGGUGAUCAUGAUGAUGAACGCGACCACCUCGACGCUGACUGUGCAGUGUGUCUAAGCGAGAUUUUCCGCCAUGAAAAGUUCAGGGUGCUUCCCGCAUGCAAGCAUGGUUUCCAUGUCCAAUGCAUCGAUGCCUGGUUGAAGUAUCAUCCCACGUGCCCUCUCUGUAGGAAAAUCAUCACCCCUCUUCCAACAAAACUACAACGGCGCCAUGAUGACGAUGAUCAUCAUCAUUGCUUUCCUUCUUUCUUGCUGAUUUUGCUGUGUCAGAGUCUUCGUAGGUGGAUAGAAAAUCCUUUCCCCGCGGAGCUCAUAUUCACUAUCUGCGAUUAUCUUUUUGAAUUUUGAUGCAUGUAUAUUGUUGCCUAGUUAAUUCAUUCAUUAUUAUUUC